CCAAUCAACGAACGCCUCGGUGUAUUCAGCCAUUUUGUAUGAAAAUCAAGGAAACCUGCCGCCGCUCCAGAGACCUGUGGAUUAUAUCGUACGAUGGAAGGACACAAGUUAGAUGCUGAUCUGUAUCCUAUGGGACCUGGCUACGUCACAGACAUAGAUGUCUCAGUGGGUACCAAGAGGGGAUCUGAUGAACUCUUCUCCUCCUACAUCAUGACCCCAGCCAAUGGUAAUGACAGUAAGAAGUUCAAAGGUGAGAUGCGGAGCCCCAGCGCUCCAUCGCGUGUCAUCCACCUGCGCCAGCUGCCCGGGGACAUCCAGGAUUCUGAGGUCAUCAGCAUGGGAAUGCCCUUUGGGAAGGUCACCAACCUUCUGAUGAUGAAGGGAAAGAACCAGGCGUUCCUGGAGAUGAACACUGUGGACCAGGCUCAGACCAUGGUGAACUACUACGCUACGGUCACCCCCCUCAUCAGACAGCAGCCUGUAUUCAUGCAGUACAGCAACCACAAGGAACUCAAGACCGACAACUCACCUAACCAAGUGAGAGUCCAGGCAGCACUGCAGGCGGUGAAUGCUGUCCAGGGUGGCACCAUGUUGGGCUCUACCAUGUCCGGUAUGGGGGGUGUAAUGGGUGCUACCAUGUCAGUUGGAGGGGGAGAGAUGGGAGCCAGAGGCAUGGCCACCCAGAGCCCUGUCCUUAGAGUCAUAGUAGAAAACCUCUUCUACCCCGUCACACUGGAAGUCCUGCACCAGAUCUUCUCCAAGUAUGGGUCUGUUCUGAAGAUCAUCACCUUCACUAAGAACAACCAGUUCCAGGCUCUGGUCCAAUACGCUGACCCCAUGACGGCACAGCACACCAAAAUGUCUCUAGACGGUCAGAACAUCUAUAACGGUUGCUGUACUCUGAGGGUGAGUUUCUCCAAGCUGACCAGCCUUAAUGUGAAGUUUAACAACGAUAAGAGCCGUGACUACACCAGACCUGACCUUUCUACUGGAGAGCAACACAACCCUCAGCCUGGAAUGGACCAGCACGCGAUGGCUGCUGCCGCCUUCGGGUCUCCAGGUCUGAUCUCAGCAUCUCCUUAUGGACACGGAUUCCCCCAGGCCUUCACUCUACAGCAGGCUGCAGGUUUGUCUAUGCCCGGUGCCUUGGCAUCAUUCGGUAUGGGUCCAGGGGGCAUGGCCGCUAGUCGUCUCGGCCUGCAAGCCCUCGGCGGUGGAGGAGGACAAGCUGGCGUCCUAUUGGUCAGCAACCUCAACCCAGAGAGCGUUACACCAAACUGCCUCUUUAUUCUCUUUGGUGUGUAUGGCGACGUGAUGAGAGUGAAGAUUCUGUUCAAUAAGAAGGACAACGCUCUGGUCCAGAUGGCUGAUGGCACACAGGCUCAGCUAGCGAUGAGCCACCUGAACGGGGUGCGUCUUCAUGGCCGGUCUCUACGUGUCUCCAUGUCUAAACACACCACCGUACAGCUGCCCAGAGAAGGCCAUGAGGACCAGGGGUUGACUAAGGACUAUGCCACCUCUCCUCUCCACCGUUUUAAGAAGCCUGGCUCCAAAAACUACAACAACAUCUACCCUCCCUCUGGCACACUGCACCUCUCCAACAUACCUCCUGCAGUAGGGGAGGAGGAUCUGAAGGCACUGUUCAGCAGUUCAGGAGCUUCAGUCACGGCCUUCAAGUUCUUCCAGAAGGACCGUAAGAUGGCUCUGAUCCAGAUGAGCUCAGUGGAGGAAGCUGUUGAGAGUCUCAUCGAGUUCCACAACCAUGACCUGGGAGAGAACCACCACCUCAGAGUGUCUUUCUCCAAAUCUACCAUCUAACACAAUCUCACACACACACACGUAACUACAGAGUACAGACCAAACCUGUUCAUCAGAAUGCCUUCCACGUCGUUUGUAUGUCAAGUCUUAUUCCACACGAGACACACUUAAUCAUUCCUUUAUACUUUUUUAAAUGUUUUUAUCAUUAUUUUUACACAAUUAUUUACGUUUACUAUGGAUAUAAUCGGUUCAUAUUUUAUUUUAAUAGUUCUACUUCUAUGGAGGGAAACUCACAGAACUCUCCAAGAUACACAUCUAGUCUUUCUGUUUCUAGGUUACAAUGUUUUAUUUUUUCCAUUUGAUUUACUUAAAAACAUAUAUAUAUUCAAUUGAUGAAUGUUUUCUGUUUCUACUGUCUGUCCUUGGGAUCUUCACCACUAGUCAUAUUGAUCUAACAAAAUGCCUUUCUGCAAUAGUCUAGUGCCUUAACCAGACCAGCUGGCUAGCCUUUCCAUGCUAUUACAUUGAUUUUAUACGAUUGGACUCUCAAAUAAGCUUUUUAUUUGAACAUCAAUAAUUUGAUUUGAAAUAUAUGGCUGUGGUCUUCCCUUUGAUUUCUAGAUGUACACUAUGCAUUCCAUUUGUAUUUUUGUAACAUUGGUAGUUCUAUACUCGUUUGAUAUCUACCAGUCACUGCGCAUCAAGUCUUAAUUCUUGCUCCAGAGGUGCCACUUAAAAUCAUGCAGCAUUUAGUCUUUAGUGCCUACUUCACCCCUAAUAUUUUACACACACAUGCAAUAAUCCAAUUUUAUUUUUUACAGCCUUGGAUAUUUAGUGUCUACAACACAAACGUAUUUAUUACCUUUGUUCUGGCACUGACUGUCUAUAUAUGGCUUUUGCUAUAGAUUCUUCUGUAGCAUAAACGGUUUCAUGUAGCUAUUGAUGGUUGAUGUUAUUGAGGACCAAAGUACCUACCACCCCUGCUACUUAAACGAUCCAUGUCAGUUUAAAAGACACCGUUCUAAACUCUCUUUUCUCCCAUUGGUUUGAUUCUAUGGUCCAAAUUGACUGCCUCUAGGGAUUUGAUUUUGUUUUUAUUUUAUACCUGAUCAGUCAGCCACUAGAUUUAAAAAUCGUAAUUUUGAGUGAGUUAUACCUUGAAUUUGUGAUAUUUGGUUUCUUGUCCCAUUUCUUUUUAAUUAUAGUUAAAUUCCUCUGUUGGUAGAGUACUUUAAGCAUGAAUAUAUAUACUGUAUGUUGACCUAGUUGAUGAUAUCAUAGUUGAUAGCUGUGAUGUAGUUUUGUAUUCCUCUCCUGUAUUCCUACUUUUAUUUUCCAUUAUGUGUUUUAUUGGGGUCCGGGAUCAACAGGAUGUGAUGUCAUGAAGCAGUGGGGGGUUUUUGUCUGUCUAUAUUUAGUGUUUUUCUACCACAGUGAUUUGGAUUAAAGAUUCCAUUUCAUUCCAACAUGUAUAUUUUGAUAUAUAGUUAACAAACGUUGAUUCCAACAUGUAUAUUUUGUUAUAAAGGUAAUGCCAGCUUUCUCUGGAGGGCUGUAAAGAUGAGUUUUGUAUCACAAAGAAAUUAAACUUAAUGGAACACA